UCCACUCUAACGUCCGUGGAUAGUACAGUAUCCAAGAAAAAAGUAGCGUCAUACGCCCAUGGAUACUAUAGUAUCCAAAGCGACGAGUUGUGUUUAACUCCAUCUAUUUUAAAAUACGGUAUUAUUUGUUGAGUUUUGACAGAUUAUCUAUAUAGCUGAUGAAAUAGUUCGACGAAAAAAUAAGAGAUGGUAGUGUAACAAGCUUUUGACAAAAAAAAAAAAAAAAUUAAGUUCAGUUGACGCGUUUGACGUUCGUUUCGUUAAGUGUUUUUAUAAGUGUCAACUAUUAUGUCGUUUUGUUUUAUUUAUUUUACAAGUGUUAUACAUCAAAAUAAACUAGAAGAUUUUGGCUUUACGAUGAUGUUUAAAUAUCACAGUUGUAGCUGAUAAAUCUAGUCUAAUUUUAACUUCAAACGAUUGUUGUUUCGAAAAAAGUCCGGUCAAGGUCAUAGGCCAAUCUUAGUUUUGUUUAUACAUAUUUUACAAAUUUUGCAUUAAAAUAUUAUAUUUAAUAUCGUAAUAAGCAAAAUAAUACAUUUUUCAAACAGAAAUAUACUAAAUUCAUUGAAAAUUUCGUAAUAGCCUUCUCGAGCGCGGGAGACAUCGCGGUAAAAUUACGAAGAGUAGUGUUUUGUUUCGAUUUAAUUAAAAUACUUAGAGUUAACCGAAUAUAAUCAAAUAUACAUCAGAAGAAAGGGUAAUAAGCCUAGUUUGUUCUGAAAAUAUUUUAUUGAUAAAAUAUGCAACAGUUGUCCCUUAUAUUUUAAAAUGGUAGAAAUAAAUGUGUUUUUUUCUCCUUAAAAUCAUGUUUAACCCGGAUUUUAGUAUCAAAGAUUAUAACUAACGAUUUUAAAAUAUCAUUAACUUUGAUCUGUAUUCUUUAACCAUUUUUUUCGUAUUUUUUUCUUUAUUUUAGCCAUUACGGUUCAGUAGCUGUAUAGGUUUUUUGUUACGACGAAGUUGCGAGUCGCGCGUGGUUCGGGUGCCGCGCGCGGCUGGACGUUAGAGAGAGAAACGGUCGCGCGGCCCGGACGUUAGAGUGGAUAGGUAAUGAAUAAAGGUAUUUCACGCAUUAUUGAUAUUGAAAAACAUUCGGCUACAACAUAAUUUUUUAUCAGUCGGCAACCAUCCAUUCGAGUUUCUAGUUGGCUGCGAGUUUGUUUUUUUCGGAACUCUUGUAGAUUUUUUGUUUUCUUGUCUGUUAUGUAAAUCGGAAAUAAAUACGUGGAAAUUCAUCAUCCGCUUCCGGUGCACGCAUUUUUCUUUCUUAUCCUUUCUUUGUAUAUUAUUUAAAAAUAAGAUAAAAUAAUAUUGUUCAUAGUGAUAAGUAUAUUGUUAUAAAACAAGUACUUUUGUGCAAACACAUCAUAUUCAAAGUUUGAACCUUUAUAACCAAAAGAACGAAUCUUUAUUUCCGUUAAAUCAUAAGCAAUGGAAAAUGCACUCUAAGGUCUGACUAGUUAUGUACUUAAGUUGACUGCAAAAUAGUUGAUGUUCUAUAGGUUCAUACAUGCUUGCGUAGCAACACAACAAUGUCAAAGAUAAAACUAUAAAUACCACAAAACAAAAUAAACGUAAAAGUAGAUUCUUACAGAAAGACUACAGAAAAAAAUGAAUCAUCUAAAAUGUUAAAGCUCAAAUUCUCUUAAUCAUCACACAUAUCCUUGCAUACCAAACUGUAUAAAUAUAAACUUAUCUGUUGACUUUUUUAGCUGAAUAAUCGGGCGCGAAAGCUUCGUCAUAAAAUUGCGUGGCUGCGAUUGGUGGAAAAUUUUGUCUCUACCAACGUAACGAACACCUACAGCAUUUUGGCAAUGUUGUCAGAUUUAUUACCAGUUGUGCUGGGCAGGUCAUCUGUAAUGGAUUGUAAAAGAUAACCGAGUGUCUGUAAUGAACUCGCUCACGAUAUUGGCACUGAGAAAUGGAGAGACAGCAGUGUAAUUCACUUCAAAACUUUGAUGAACCUAAAACAGAAAUUUUGAAAAAAAGAUUAUUGAAAUCAGCAGCCAACACUAAUAUAACACAAAACAGUCCUCAGCAGAAUGUGCUACUGAAUACAUUACGCGCGCCAAUAUCGAGCAGCAUGAUCGUGUCCUCGAUGCAGGCCUCUCAAAGCUCACUACCUAUAACACGCAACUUAGUUACCCAUUCUAUUGCCCCUGUUAAAAUACACCCAAACAACUCCCCAUACCCCUUGCAACUCUCCACUGUGCAUGUUCCAGUACAAAUACCAGGCUCCACCUCCAAUAUUAAUGUCCCUGUCCAAAUAUCCGGACCUACCAGUACAGUGCCAUUACAGAUUGCACCGGUCAGUCUUCCUCUUCAAGUCUCGGGAACAACUAGUGUACCAGUACAAUUAUCAGCUGGCGAGACUAUAAAUGUUCCCUUACAAAUUCCAGCAGCCAAUCAAAAUAUUCAACUUCCAACAUUGCCCUCUAUGCCAGUAUUACAAAAUCAUAAUCAGUCCCUCCACAGUUCCAUAAUUCAAGUCCACAUGGGUUCAAAUCCAAGAUCAACCAACAUGGAUUGCAACUCUGACAUGACAGUGUCAAGCUCAUCUCAUCUGCAGAUGACAGACACAUCUAUAUCUCAAGUUAAAGUAAACAAUCCCCCCCCACAAGUACAAGUAGGGCACAAUAAUGCAGUAUUGCAAAUGCAGAAUGCUGCAAAUUCUAUUCAAAUCCGAGGAGCUCCAAGGCAGGUGCCACACGUGCCGCAUGUGGUCUACAUCCAAACUCCAACCGGCCUGAAGCCAGUCACGAGUACAGACGUCAUCACCCAAGCAAGUACAAGUGGAAACCCACCACAAAUCAUAGUAAGGAGACCAGUAACCAGCAAUUCGAACUUACAUUUAAUACCAAAUGUAACUACCAAACCCAACAUAGCCCCAAAGGUGUCUGCACAGAACAAGUCUUCCAUCCUCGCUCCAGUCAAUGCUAGUCAGCCAAUAGUCAUACAGAAGCCAAAGUCUAAUGACAAAAUGAUAGUCCCCGUCAGUAUUGCUCCUGGCAACCCUAACAAGCAGGCCAUAGCAUAUCUCGGUUCAAUGAAGAAACCCAACCAAAAGAACAUAUCUGAGAACCAGUCUAUUCUCAUAUCAAACAAUCAAGCCAACGUCAAUGCUAACAAUCAGAAGCUAUUUAUAACUCCUAUGAAUAUGCCUAAAAUUCAAAACACAAAGUUCAUUUUGCCUGUUACUUUGCCUGCAACUAUGGCUUCCAAGGGUCCUAUCAUCAAUCUACAAAUAGCUAAUGGACAGAUACAAAAUGAUCCUCAAGGAAAUAUUACAGUCAUGAGAGAUACUGCAAUGGAUACACAGGACAUGCCACCGUUGCAGCCUCUUGGAAAAGUUCUUAUAAAUGGAAAAGAACCUCAAAGCCCCAAAGGAGAGAAGGCAUUCACACUAUCCAUACCAGGGUCUAGAGCAGAACCAACCGGCGAGCAAGGAGAAUACACGCUUUCUAUACCCGAAACCAACGCAGCAAUGAAUGACGAUCUUUAUACCGUGUCGAUAGCAGACGAAGAUGGGGCUCAUCGGGAGAAAUCCUUCACCUUAGCUAUCCCUGAAAAAGGAAAGAGUUUACUGAACAGAAACAUGAUAGAAAGACAUGAUGUGGGAACAGUGACAAUAGCUGCUCCUGCAAUUCUCAGGCGUUCCAAUUCAGAUAACAGUGAGAGAAAAAUAUCGAACGCAAGCAUGAAAAGGCGUAUUUCGUUAUGUGCUGAGAACUUAUCAAAUAAGAACACGCGAUUGGCGCCACUCCCGCAGAGAAUCGAUAAAAUUGAAGAUGUGCCUCCAGAGGCUGACAACAACGACGACCAUCGGGUGCCCUCGCUCUUCUGUGACGAGAAAUUGGACAAAGAUUUAGAGGCCAAACACCUUGAUUCAGAUCCUGAAGAUUAUAAAGACAGCAAACCUGAAACACUUAACGAAAUUAGUCCUGCAGAAAUAUAUUUCAAUAAAAUAGAAGAUUUUACCAAGGAUGAAAUUAAAGAGGGUCUUGUAGAGGAGGAUCCACCUGGACUAAUAUGGAAUAAUGGAGUUGCUAGAUUACAAGGUAGCAAUUUACAAUUUCAGACUAACGAAUUUGGUCUUAUUGAUUUGCUAGACAGCAGUGACCCAGAUGAAGGUGCAAAUAAUGUGAAAUACCACACGCCGAUGAAGCAACGAAUUGACAGGAAUAAUAAAAAACCUAAUUCUCCUGAGGAUAUGUACCGCUGCGAAUGUUGCGGCUGCCACGGCAUGGCUGCAGAGUUCAUAACGCCCAACUUCUGUAGUGCUGCAUGUCAGACUGAAGUACAAAAAGCUUUACAAAAGAAAAAAGACAGGGAACGCGUCGAUUUAGUUAAAAAGAAGAAUAAAAUAAAGAAAUUGUUAAUGAGGAAACAACUUUCAGAGUCUGAUAUCGUGUCUGAGGGAAAAGAUGACAAAGUCUUACUCAAGCACUAUGACUCCCUGCCUGCAGACCAAUUAUCUGAGGCGGCUUUAUUAAAAAUGAGUGAAGAUUUAAUAGAGAAUGAAAAAUACCCGUGGAUGUGUGGAAAGAACGGAUUCUCCUGGAUGCGGUAUCUCGACAUUUGCAAGGCGAAGGCUGCGCCUGUUAAGCUAUUCAAGAAUCCAUUUCCUUACAACAGGAAUGGGUUUAAAGUAGGCAUGCGGUUGGAAGCAGUAGAUCCACAGCACCCGUCAAUAUUUUGCGUGGUCUCUGUUGCUGAAGUUCAGGGCUACAGGAUGCGGCUACAUUUCGACGAGUACCCAGACGUGUAUGACUACUGGGUGAACGCUGACUCUAGCGAGAUAUUCCCGCCCGGCUGGUGCGAGAAAAAUGGCCGGUCGCUCAAGCCGCCAGGCAACCUGUCCUCAUCGAAUUUCUCGUGGCCGCUGUACCUGAAACAAAUGAGAGCAGUCGCCGCGCCCAGGAAUUUGUUCCCGCAUGUCACCGCUGCGAUCUUCAAACCGAACUGCUUCCGCGUGGGCAUGAAGCUAGAAGCCGAAGACCGUAAGAACGACUUAGUGUGCGUGGCUUCGAUAGCCGACAUCCUGGACAACAGGAUGCUGAUCAACUUCGACUCGUGGGACGAAAUGUAUGACUUUUGGGUAGACCCCACCUCGCCCUACAUACACCCCGUCGGCUGGGCUGAGGAAAACGGAGUACCUUUGACUCCCCCGAACUUUUACAAAGAUCCCGACACGUUCUCGUGGGAGAACUACCUGGCGGAGACAGGGGCGUCGCCAGCGCCGCCUCGCGCCUUCAAGCCUCGCCCGCCGCAGGGAUUCAAACCGGGCAUGAAGCUUGAAGUUGUUGACAAAAGGGUGCCGUUCCUAAUCCGCGUGGCGACGAUAAUCGCGGUGAAAGGCCACCAGGUGCAGGUGUCGUUCGACGGCUGGCCCGAGGAGCUCGCCUGCUGGUUCGACGACGACUCCCCCGACCUGCACCCCGUGGGCUGGUGCCUGAAGACUGGCCACCCACUCGAGCCGCCGCUCACGGCAGAAGAGCUUCGGAUCGUAGGUCCUUGCGGCGUGGGCGGGUGUCGUGGACUGGGCUCAGUGCGUGGAGGUGCACAUAAGCACCACUCCGCCGCCUCCGCCUGCCCCUACCGCUCCCUGCCGCCGCGUCCGCCAGACCGCCUCGCGCCGCCACGAGACGGGGAGCAUGUGCUGCCGCGCGAGCGCAGAGUGCUCACCAAACAGCCCAAGACGAAUUCAAUACACGCGAGUACACCCACCAGCGAAACCAAGGAUACUAGACCUCGAGGAAGGCCGCCUAAGCAUAAGCGAAUAGAAGAAGUUGCCAAAAAUGACGCGUCGGACGACGAGUCAGUGUCGAGCGGCGGCGGCAAGCGCUGGCGCGGCGCGUCGGGCUCGCGCACGCUGCGCACGUACUCGCGCGCCUCGCAGCCCCCCGCCGCGCCGCUGCGCGACCGCCUCGCCGCCGCGCUCGCCGCCCACCGCGCCGCGCUCGCGCUGCCGCACGACCCCACCGUCUGGACACAGAGCGACGUGGCAGCGCUGGUGAGCCGGAUCGCGGGCAGCGGCGCGGGCGCGCUGGUGGCGGCGGCGCGGCUGGGCGGCGCGGAGCUGCUGAUGGCGUCGCGCGACGAGCUGGUGCAGUGCGCGCGGCUGCGGCUGGGCCCGGCCGUCAAGGUGUACAGCGCCGUGCGCCUGCUGCGCCACGACGCCACGUGAUCGCCCGCCACGGCUGCCCUGCUGCACAUCCUCAUGUGAACGGCCGGGACCUACAGUCACAAGCAUUAUAGUGUUUCCCAAGCCAAACUAAUGCUCACUGUGUGGAACGUGUAAAUAGCACUUCUAGUGAAGACAAACGUCUAGUGACGAUCUGGCUCAUUAAUUAGUGUCAACUGUGCGUCUUAGCAUUCUUAUGUGUUUCUAAACUCGUGCUCCUUAUCUUAAAUGUGUAAAUACCACUUUAAGUGAAAACAACGUUCUUCUGUCAUGUUCAGAUUUUCUAUGGAACUAUUUUGUGUUAUGAAUUGACCGGUUUCGGCAGAUUGAUUUAGAUUGAUUGAUUGUAUAUUGUGAUUCUUCUGUUUGUUACCAGUAGUGAAAUGGAUUUUUACUGUGCUUAAAGAUAACGAAUUAUAUUUUCAUGCCCAAUGGCUUAAUUUGAGCAUUACCUUGUGUUUGGUUCUAUUUAGAAAAAAUAUGGACUUUUAUUUUAUCAUAGCAAUCGAACAUAUUGACUAUAUUGGCCAAAUUAGAUUGUGCAUAGAUUAAUGCUUGGUGUUUAUAUAUUUUUUGACUGUUGUAAUAUUUAAGAUUUUACUUAAGUGAUGUUUAUUUUUUUCUAAUUUGUCAACUUUAAGAAGAUGAUGAAAUUAGGCAAUAUAAAUAAUAAUUUUUAUUAUUGUUUGCAUCAAGCAAUACUUUAUGUAAGCACAAAGCGCACGAAUUGAACGAGGCUUUAAAUGCGGCGGUUGUGAUUGUAUGCAAUCUUAGUAUCGUGACUUUACAUAAUAAAUAUUUAAGAAAUUGAAUUUAAUGGCAAAUAUUUUGAUCUUUGAAUAUAAUCAGUUAAAUGAAUCGUAAGCGGAUUAUCAUGUUAUAAAUUUCAACCACCUCCUAUCCUUUUGAAAUCAGUCUGUAAGAGAGCAAAAGUCUACUGAGAUCAAAUUUAAAAUUAUUACCUAUACUAUAUAAAGUCACACCCUUCCAAUGAAACAAAUCAAGAUAGGGAUUCUGUUAUUGUAUACAUACAUAAUCAAUGGCUUAUAUCAUGGUUUUACGUCAAUUUUUUUUCUUGGGGAUCAUAUCACUUAUGAUGAUGCAAGACAUAUUGCAUGACCAAUGUCAACCUAUAACUGAAUACAUAAACAUUUGUUGUUGAGCCUUACCUAUACAUGUACCAAGUGUAAUACUUAGAUUUGCACUCAAUGCACAUAAUCUCAUCUCUUAUGUGUUGGUCUGUGCUCUCAAGUGCUUUUAUGAAUUUAAACUUGCAAGAAUUGUUCAUUGUUCUUUAGUCUCAACUUUUUGAGACUUAUGAAGGUGUUGUAUUUGUAAAUAUUUAAUUAUGUACAUUGCUAAACAUUUUGUGCAAUCUAGUGUUAAAACAACCUAACCAAUACUUGUCACUUUUGUUUUAGGAAUCCCUAUGUGUUAAAAUUUAUAUUAUCUUAAUUUAUGAAUUUGUCUUAAGAAUAUUUAGUUUACUUUGAUUAGCUGUAAGUAAAGAAUGGAAUUAUUAUUUUGUGUGAAGAUAGCAUUAUCAGUUUCUUUUAAAUUUGCAUAUGCAAAUAAUGAGUUUUCAUAUCAAUGAUAUUAGAAAAGGACAAACGAAAAAUAAUGUUAAAUAUUUACUGAAUGGAAAUGUGUGUAUUCAUUAAAGUAUUGGAAAUGAGAAUAAUUUAAGCAAAGAAAUUUGAUUUCAUUGGAAUAAGUUUUCUAUUUUGGUCUAAGAAAGUACUCAUGUUUCCAUGAAAAUCAUAAAUUAAGAUGGAAAUACUUAUUUUAUGAGUGUAAAUAUACUGUAGGCGGCUGGAGUAUUUUUAUAGCUGCCACAGUUGUACAUAGGUCUGUAAUUUACGAUGUAAGUUUUUACACGACGACUAGUUCGUAUUAUAGUGCCAUUUCGAUUGGCACCAAAUAUUUUAUUGUUACUCUGUAAUUUAAUAAAAAUUAUGAAAGUCA